AUGCGCCAUGUGCGCUGCUUGCAGACCUCCCUUGGGCGAGCUGUUCGUCUCCCUGGCUUGCAAGGGUCCUGGAGAUGUUCGCCUUGGCAGGAAACAUGGGCAGGUACGGCUUUGGGGAGCAUCCGAUUGAGCGUUGGAAGCGUGUUCCAUGCGCGGAUGAGACCUGAAGAGCGGAUGACGCUCCGUGCAGUCCGAGAUGAGAUGCGACUGAGAAAAAAGGGAAUCGCGCGCUUCAACAAGCGGUGGCGAUCGUGGGCCCAAAAUCGAGUACGCCAGUUUCGCCUGCCUUUGCCGGUGACACUUACUUCGGACACGGCAUUGAUGGAUGCAAACUACAUCACUGCAUGUGUGCAGAAGGCGGCAGCACUUCGGAAGCACGACGUAAAGCUCUGGUUCGGCUACUCCAAAAGAAUUCUCGAACUUCGGGAAGAACUGCAACCAGAUCAGCUGGGCUACAUCAUGUGGGGCUACGGUAAGAGCAGCUUCCUUGAUGCGAGCUUCUACAGGGAGAUUCUCCCGACGAUCAAAGAGCAAGUUCCUAACUUCCAAUCCCACGCGCUGAUGUCAUUGAUGUGGUGCUUGAAGCGGAUCCGCUGGCACGACGGCCACUUGAACCGGGCGGCGGCGCAGCACGCCCUGGACAGUAUCGAGGCCCUACGGCCGUCGGACUUUAUCAAGGUCACCAAUGCCCUAGCGCAGCUCGGACUGCGCGACACAGGCCUGCGCGAGGCCUUGUCCCGCGUCGCUGUGCCGAAGCUCGAAGAGACCUUUGCGCAGCAGUUCCGGGACGCUGUGAACCCCGUCACCAUCGGAAGGCUGUGGAACGAUGAGGUCACGGCGUAUCUUCUGGAGCGCUUCCGGAAGAUCUUCAUCACAGCCCGGCCCAUGCACCUCUUGAAAGCGUACGAAUCGGCCGUGGUGUGCCGCAUUCAGAGACCCCAGGUUUGGCGGAUGCUGUCAAAGGACUCCAAGUCCUUCUACGUGCGUCUUUCGCAGAGGCAUAUCGCUGACAAGGGCAAAGAGCCGUCUCAGCUGCACUGGGACGUCUCGCGGCACUUAGCGGACCUUGGAGAGGCUCAUCGCAACUCCUUCCGUUGGGGACCUCUUUACAUCGACAUCGGCCUGGAGCAGAUUGAGGUGGAUGAAAGGAGGCGCUGUGUGAUGGUCGACGGUCCGUCCUCGUUCUUUUAUUGCAGCGAUCAGUACUUGCCGGCAAAGCACCUGCAACACGAGACGCUGACCUCUCUGGGCUGGGACGUACGGCGGGUGCGAUGGGACGAUUGGCUGGAGUUGGGCAACGACGACAGCAGGAAACGACAGUAUCUUCAGACGCUCAUCGCGGACGCGCGGCCUGUGGCAGAGGAGCUGCGAGACAGGGCGCAGCUGCCUCUGGCAGAGGUGCAGGAGAAGUUGAGGCAGUUCCGAAGACUCCAGGCAGCCAAGGAAGCUGCAGAGGCUGCCGAGAGGUCCAAAAUCGACUUCGAGAUUUGA